CUCUAUCCGGGAAAUUAUCCUUAGGCUCUCUGGCAACAACACCGGAAUGUUGGAGGAAUUAGGUUCAUCACUCGCAACACAGCACGGGUCUCUUCAGCAAUCCCUUCGGCUACAGGUCUCAAUCCCGGGCGUAAGACAGCGGCAGCAGCCUGGGCUAGGCUUCGCCGCCUUUGGGAUGAAGAAGUCUCAAGGCAUGGGUGUGAAAAGGCUUCUUUGCUUCGAGUGAUGCUGCGAUUCCAAAGGACCAGGAUGAUUUUCAGUGUAUUUAUGAGCUGGUGCUUCUGUGUUAUGAGUAUAGUAGGACCAAUGCUGGUUAUACCAAAGAUCCUAGAGUUUUCCGAAGACCAGUCAGGGAAUAUCGUCUAUGGUGCGGGCCUCUGCUUUGCCCUUUUCCUCACUGAGUGUCUGAAGUCUCUGAGUUUGUGCUCCUGUUGGAUCAUCAACCAGCGCACAGCCAUCAGGUUUCAUGCAGCCAUUUCCUCUUUUGCCUUUGAGCAGCUCCUGCAGUUUAAAUCUCUGACACACAUCACCUCUGGAGAGGUUUUCCGCUGCCCCAUGAGUUUCUUUGACACAACUCCAAUAGGCCGACUCUUGAACUGCUUUUCGGGGGACUUGGAUGAGCUGGACCAGUUGUUGCCCAUUGUUGCUGAGGAGUUCCUGCUCCUGUUUUUGAUGGUGACCCCCAUUCUGCGGGUCACCAGUGUGCUGUCCCCAUACAUCCUGUUGAUGGAAGUCAUUAUAGUCAUUGCUUGCCUUAUUUAUUAUGUGAUGUUCAAGAGAGCCAUCAAUGUGUAA